GCUGAUCUCUCCCACCCCUAACGGCAUCGUGUGAAAGUUGAAAAAAUAUUACAAAUCGGAGAACAGUUCUUGAUAUAUCAAUUAAAUAUUGCAAAAGACGCAUAAAAGCAGACGGAUAACAUGGCGCGCAAGAAUGCCCAGGCUGAGGACCUCUCGAACGUGGAGUUCGAGACGAGCGAGGACGUGGAGGUGAUUCCCACGUUCAACGCCAUGAACCUAAAGGAAGAGCUGCUACGCGGCAUAUACGCGUACGGCUUCGAGAAACCCUCGGCCAUCCAGCAGAGAAGCAUCAAGCCGAUCGUCAAGGGACGGGAUGUGAUUGCCCAGGCACAGUCUGGCACGGGAAAAACGGCCACAUUCUCCAUAUCCAUACUGCAGAGUUUGGACACGACGCUCCGGGAGACCCAGGUGCUCUGCCUGUCCCCCACUCGCGAGUUGGCCGUGCAGAUCCAAAAGGUCAUCCUCGCGCUCGGUGACAUGAUGAACGUGCAGUGCCAUGUGUGUAUUGGCGGCACAAAUUUAGGCGAGGAUAUCCGCAAACUGGACUACGGCCAGCACAUUGUGAGCGGAACCCCAGGCCGAGUUUUCGACAUGAUUAAGCGAAGGGUUCUCCGCACAAGAGCUAUCAAGAUGCUGGUUCUAGACGAAGCCGACGAAAUGCUCAACAAAGGCUUUAAGGAGCAGAUAUACGAUGUAUAUCGCUACUUGCCGCCUGCCACGCAGGUGGUGCUCAUCUCUGCCACCUUGCCACACGAGAUUCUCGAAAUGACCUCCAAAUUCAUGACAGAUCCUAUUCGUAUCUUGGUCAAGCGUGAUGAGUUGACGCUGGAGGGCAUCAAGCAGUUCUUUGUUGCCGUAGAGCGCGAGGAGUGGAAGUUUGACACGCUGUGUGAUCUCUAUGAUACCCUCACCAUCACCCAGGCCGUAAUAUUCUGUAAUACUAAGCGCAAGGUGGACUGGCUAACGGAGAAGAUGCGCGAGGCCAACUUUACGGUGAGCUCCAUGCAUGGCGACAUGCCUCAAAAGGAGCGAGACGAGAUCAUGAAGGAGUUUCGUGCCGGCCAGUCGCGUGUCCUUAUCACCACCGAUGUGUGGGCACGCGGUAUCGACGUCCAGCAGGUGUCUCUAGUUAUCAACUACGAUUUGCCCAACAACCGUGAGUUGUACAUCCAUCGCAUCGGUCGGUCGGGUCGCUUUGGACGCAAGGGUGUGGCCAUUAACUUUGUCAAAUCGGAUGAUAUUCGCAUCCUUCGCGAUAUCGAGCAGUACUACUCGACCCAAAUCGACGAGAUGCCCAUGAACGUGGCCGACUUGAUCUAAUAAUUUACAAUUCUAUCGUAACCUUACCCCUUCCUAGCCGUAACCAACAAACAAACAAGUGAAGUGAAUACAUUUGAAGAGUAUUUGACCUUCAACAUUAAACAACCAAAAUCUGUAUAAUAAUAAAUAACAAGUAAGAAUUUAA